CUGAGAUCCUGGAGAAGUGAGAUCGAGAUGACGAGAUGUCAUCUGUAAAAGAAAAUGGCUGAAUUAAAUAUUUGUCUGUAGUGUCGUUAAUUUUGUCAUGUAAAGUAUUAUCGUGAAGUAAACUUGACUUCCUAGUGAGUUUUGAAAAUAGUGUAGUUUUUCGUCAAUGAUAGCUCUAAUUUAAUAACUGGUGGAGCCAAAAUGGCAUACAGUCGCCCAACGGACCUGGAUGGGUUCUACAUCCACCUUGCUAAACCCGAUACCAAAUUGAGGCAGCAAGUGGGCGCAGACCUUUUGACAUUUCUAGCAGAACCAUUAAAUUCCAUUGCAUGCCAGGAUAUAGGCUUGUUUGUCGACGGUCUGAUACCAUGGAUGCAAAGCAGCAACUACAAGGUAUCCAGCAACGGCAUCGAAGUGCUCACCUACCUCGUCGACCGGCUCGGCACCGACUUCCGCCCCUACCUGCAGACAGUGUUGCCGAUAGCGCUCGACCGGCUCGGCGACGCGAAGGACGCGGUGCGCGAGAAGUCGCAGCUGCUGGUGCUGAAGCUGCUCGAGCGCAACGUGAUCGCGCCGCAGCAGCUGCUCGAGAAGCUGCAGCCGGGGUUCGCGCACAAGAACGCCAAGAUCAGGGAGGAGGUGCUGCGUUGUCUGGUUAAUACGUUGAACGAGCACGGCGCCCACUCUCUCACCCUCACCAAAUUCAUCCCGGACAUCGUGAACCUGCUCUCGGAUCCCGCAGCCACCGUGCGGGACACCGCCUUCAACACCUUGGUCGACCUCUACAAGCACGUGGGCGAGAAGCUGCGCAUCGACUUGCAGCGCAGGAACAUCGUGCCGCAGGCGAAGUGGCCGGUGCUGGCCGCCAAGUUCGACGAGGCCAAGAACCGGGGCGAGCUGUUGCCGGGUGCCGUGAAGAGUAUCGACUUAUCUUCUGACGAACCAGACAGAGUCCUGAUGGCUAAACCGAUGGUACCGUUAAAAAAACCGGUACUUGGCAGUGCUGUCAAGCAGAGGGCUAUGGUAACGCCCAGUAGUGCAAAUAAUGCUCUCAGCCGUGUCGGUUCCAUAAGAAAUUCUGCUGCAUCUACAUCUGGUGCUGUGGAUGAGGAAUAUUUUUUAAGAUCAUUUGACGACUGCCCUACAGUACAAAUAUUCUCCGCCAGGGAGGUUACAGAACAAUUGAAAAGUAUUCAGGAUAUCAUCUCCGAUCCGAAUAAAGAUUGGAACAAAAGAGUGGAUGCUCUGAAAAAAAUCAGAUCUCUGAUCGUAGCAGGAGCGAUGGGCUACGAAGAAUUCCACGUGGGCCUGCGCAGUCUCGACAUGCAUCUGCAAGGAUCAGUGAAGGAUUUGAGGUCGCAAGUCGUGCGAGAAGCUUGCGUGACGAUUUCCUAUCUCUCGCAGAAAUUGGGAAACAAGUUCGACAAGACCGCCGAAAUUCUGCUCCAGCCUCUGAUCAAUCUCAUCCAGAAUUCGGCCAAAAUCAUGGCCACGUCCGGCUUGAUAACCGUCAACAUCAUCAUCCAGAACACUCACAGCUCCCGACUGAUCGGCAUAAUAACGAACAACGCCCAGAAAUCCAAGAGCAAAGAGAUCAGACGGGCGUGCUGCGAAUUUUUAGAGUCGAUUUUGAACAACUGGCCGAGGCACCCGCUGGAAAGGCACGUGGCCGUUUUGCAGGAGACGAUCAAGAUCGGAAUCGCCGACGCCGAUCCCGAGGCCAGAGUUAGUUCGAGAAAGGCGUUCAAGGGCUUCAGAGACCACUUCCCCGACCACGCGGAGAAUCUGCUGCAAUCGCUGGAGGCGAGCUACAGACGGGCGCUGCAAGGGGACUCGAUGUCCGCCAGCUCGUCGAACAACAACAUCGCCGGCGGCUUCAAGACGCCGCGGCAGUACGGCAGGUCGGCGGCACGCAGUACGACAGAGGGAGAGGUAGCUCAACAAGCUCGACCUAGAAAAUCUUCAGAUGCCAUAUCUACUGCUUCUCCUGAAAGAAUGGCUAGGACAAGAAAUAGAAACUCCCAAUCACAACCGACGAGUAGAUCGGGUUCUCCGAGCUCGCGUCUGGCCUAUCUGUACCAGCGAGCAGCCGACCACGAUAGUCCCAGGCCGAGGAGGAUGUCUUCGGGCAUUCCACGAUCGACGCAGGGUUCUAGGGACACGUCUCGAGAAACGAGCCCCAACAGGGGCAACACGAGUUUGACAAGGCUGCGGAGGGGGAACGACAGGCCGCCGUUGAGUCCCGCUUCGAGACCGGUGUUGGCACAGAAAAUUCUGCAACAGAGCAGAGAGGCCGAGAAUGCAUUGGCCGACGUUCUCAGCUCGUCGGAUCCCUUCAGGAGUCCCAGAAGGACGUUGCGCUCCAUUGACAAUCAGUCUGACGAAUCCGAGACGUCUAGCGUGUGUUCGGAAAGAUCGGAGCGAUCUUUCGAAUCGUUCAAAAGGCCUUGCGAUGACAUCAACCAAAUUAUGAUGAUGUGCACAAGCACCAACUGGCAAGAACGCAAAGACGGCUUGCUCUCCCUACAGUAUUACCUCGCCAACGAAAUCCAAUUGACGGAAGGCGAACUGAAACACCUCACCGAAAUAUUCACCAGAAUGUUCAUGGACUCGCACACGAAAGGCGUAAGCGUCUUCCUGGACACCCUCCACGAGGUCAUCAAAACGUACAAAGGCCAAUUGGACUGUUGGUUGUACGUGCUGCUGCAGCGGGUCUUCCUGAAAAUCGGCACCGAGACGCUGAGCUCGAUACAGAGCAAGCUCAUGGCCACCUUGGAUCUGAUCAAGCACAGCUUCCACGUCAAGUCGCUCAUCGGGAACGUUUAUCGGUUUCUGGUGGACGCUACGCAAACGCCGAAUGCUCGCGUCAAGACGGUCGUCAUGAAUUUUUUGAGCUCGCUCUGCACCAACCCGGACGCUGCUCAGUACCUUUCGCAGAAUUUGGCCAAUCAGGCUCUGCUGAAGAUCAUUUCGUUUGCUCAAGACAUGAAGUCCAGUGAGACGAGGCAUGCUGCCAGGCUGUGUUUGGUCGCGUUGUGGAACUGCAACACUCCUCAGGUGACCAUGAUGCUGACGGAACUGCCGAAGGAGACGCAAGACCUCGCCCAGCACGUCGUCCACCACCACAUGCGCAAGAGCUCGACGGGUAGCGAGCCGGGCAGCCCGAUGGCGGCGGCCGGCAGCCCGAAGUGCCUCUCGCCCGGCGUGUCGCCGCUCAGGGACGGGCCGGACCAGGAGGAGGUCUACCGCAGCCUCAGGCGGACCACGGCGGAGAUACAGAAUUACAGUUUCGAGACGUCAGGUUCCAAGUUAGAUAGGGAUAGAGACACGACGUCACAGGACUCGGGCAUAUCGCAAAUGUCCAUCGGCAACGAUGUCGGCAAGGAUGUCAACAUAGAGGAGAGAAUGGAGGAGCUCAAUAUCAGGCCGAACUUCCACAUCAGGUCGGGGCCGAGGUCUUUACCUUACGCAGCUGUCAAUGGAGUUACAGAGACUGAUUCUAAUGGUUUUAGGAGUUUAGGAGAAAUAAAAGACUCGGAACAAGUCAUAGCAAGCGUCAUAGAAAAAUGUUUAAUAGAUGUACCCAUAUCAAAAGAGGAAAAGAAAAAAUUGCUCUAUCAGUUGUACGAAAUGAUCAGGAGUGGCCAAGUUGAACACGUCAAGAAGAACUUCAAGAAAAUCCUUCGUUUGCUGAUCGACAAUUUGAACGAAAAAGAAGAUGCCGGUAUUCAAGUGGCGGUUUUGCAAAUUCUCAGGGCCGUUUUCGAGGCUCCGAAUAUGAAACCUUGUUGGAGCAACUUUGUAGAACUGUUGAUUAUGAGGGUACUGGAUGCGCACACUGUAGAGAAAAAAGAGGUUAUGAAGGAGGCCGAAGCGACCGCCGCCGCGAUGGUCGUCUGUCCGUUCGAGACGGUGGUCGCCACCCUCGCCCCCUUCAUCAGGACGAGUCCCUAUCCGGCCCUUUUGGGGGCCAUCAAGAUGCUCACCAAGCUGAUCGAGGCGAAUCCCAACGAGGUCACCGACGAUCAUCUGACCAAAAUCAUGACUGGACUGGUCAAUGCGACAGACCAUCAAGAAAGCCCCGUGAGGAAAAGCUCGAUAUUCUGCAUGGUGGCCUUGUACAAGGCCGUAGGCGAAGAGCGAUUGACGACGCACAUCAGCCACCUGCCCGGCAGCAAGGUGAAGCUGCUGCGGCUGUACAUCAGCCGAUCGGAGACGGUCGCCUCGGUGCCCACUAGUCCGAAGAACAACAACAACGGCAGCUAGUACACGAACAACAACGACAACAGAUCGUAGGAUCGGGAGGUGUGUGAUUCCGUCGGUUGUGCGGGCUGGGGCCUUAUUUUUUAAUCGAGAGAGCGAUUGCCUCGAGGGUAUGCUGGGUGUAAAAUGUUUGCGAUUUUACUUUCCACUGCUUUUUUCGGUCGAUUAUGAGAGAAUACCACAGUUUAGAGAAUAUACAAGGUGUCUGUAAAAGGUUGGGACAUGGCUCCAUUCCAUUUGUUAAUUUUUUUUGUUCAAUGAUUCAAUGAUAUAAUUCUGUUCCGAUUUCCGAUAUGAGUACCUAUUCAACUUUCUGAAUAUUGAACAUAAUUUUCCCUCCUACACUUGGUUUUGAUUCUACUCUCAGAAAGCUCAAACUCGUCUUUUUCUGCGCAUGACGUCAAUUGGGAUAUAACUGCCAUUGUUAUUAUUUUUUUCGUGAUCGAUGUCCCAAACUUCAGAUAUUAUAUAUGCUCUAAAAUUGAAUGAAAUGAUUUCGAAAUGCCCACUUGUUUCGUUGCUGGUCAUGGAAAUUCCAACUAAUAUACAAAAGGCACAAAUAUUGAAUUUUUAUGUUUUUCCAAGAAUGGAGGAAUAAUGAAACGAUGGGUGGAAGCUUGCUGCUGACCGAAAAAAAUUCAAAUAAUGGUACCUACCUUGAGUAUAUUCCUUAUAUCCUGAUUCCAAAGUAUUCACAUUUGGCAAAAUGUUCUCGAACAAGUUUGGAAGUACAGUUGUUGAAUUACACACCUCCAAAAAAUCACAAAUAUUUGAUAUAACAUGCCAUUCCUACAGAACGUCUUCCGUCACAUAUUAGGUUAGAAAUAAUUGAAAAUGAUUGAUAAAUUGCAGCAAAGAUUUUAAUAACAAAACGGCAAAAAAAUGAUACUCCUGUUGUCGAUGCCAAAGCAGAAGCGACGUCAACGCCGUUAACUGCUGAAUUAAUCAACACAGUGGUGGAUCACAAAUUCCAGAAUCAAUGGAAUAGUAAAAGGAAUAGGUACCUAUUUAUAUAAAUUGAAUUAUUUCUAGACAGAUGGAGAAACGGUAAAAAGGCAACGGUAUCUGUCUUUCACUAGCAGCUGAUAUUGGGAUCACAGAUGACGUCACAUAAUAUGCGCGUAGGCACACCAUCUUCUCCUUCCACUAUAACUUCAAUCUUAGGGAACAAUGUUAAUUCGUUUCCACUGAGUGGAAUUCAUAAGUUAACCCUUUAUUAUUAUUAUUAUUAUUUGUAUAUGUGUUUAUGUAUUCCUAUCAUAAACAGUAAUGUUUCUUGGGGUAAUAAAGACAAUCAAUCAAUCAAUCUAUUGGUAAAUCUAUCUGGCGCCCUUGAGUACUAUCUUGCAUUGAAAAAUCGGCGAAUGCCCACCUGUCACUAGAUCAGUGGCAGCUCGUGACUUCCAUGACAGAGGAGGCUGAAUGAUAUGAGAUUUAUUGUGAAAAACAACUCUCUACUCACCCAAAUCAAUAGCUUCAAUGACAUUCUGUUUACCAGUUAACCUGAACUUAAUACUUGAAGAGAUGUGUUCCUGUGAUUUGCAGUGUCUAUCCAAUCCGCGAGGCAAAUUUUUCAAAUCAAUAUAUCCUAAUCGCCCCCAACAUGAUGACUUAUCGGUUGAAAAUGAUACGCAGUACCAACAAAAUAGCUUACUUACCUCAGAUCCCGUCAACCAGAUAUAUUUUUUAUGAUUAUCAGAAUUGAACGAACGAUUUUGUUUGUUACAAUCAGAUUUUAUAAUUCCGGUGUCGGACGUUUGUUUUUCACAAUCCAUUUAUCUUCAUAAGACAAAGCACUGAAUGGGUUUACCGAAAAGUAUUUCACUAAAUCGCAAUCGUUUAAAACACUCAUUUUUCAGAAAUUUAUAGAGCACCUAACCAUUAACCUAACAUAAACAAUGCACUCACGAUGGAUUUUCCGCAAUUCGCGGCGCGACACGACAAACACGUGCUAUUCAGGCGUAUCCGGGCAUUUACAUUGCGCGCGUGGGUUGCGUAAUGAGAAGGAGUCUAGCCUCCUAUAGAUGUUGCCAAGUUGAAUAUUUUACGCGUGAUUUGCAGACAUCAACGUGUGAUGCGUGGGCAAGCACUGUUGCCAAUUCAAAAAUAUUCACCUAAAAACAGGAAAUAAAAUCAAAAUCCAUGUAUUUUGGUGUCCUUUUAAUGAAAAAGUAUAGAUAAUAUCAGUUUAAGGAAAAUCUCUGAGGAGGCUCAGCCUCCGAUAGUCGUGGGUUAUUAUUAUUUGAGUAGACAUCCGAGAUAACAUUUUAGGUAACAGUUUGUUACACUUUUAGUAACUGUUGCUCAUACUUAAGGUAACGCUGAUUCCGUUGUACUUCAGAUAGAUUUUGCCCACAUUCGCCAUUUAGUUGGCGCGUCCCUGCACACAGUAAGAAUG